CUGCGGUGGGCCGCAGCCAAUCAGAGCGGCGCCGCCGCAAGGGGCGGGCCCGGCGGCGGGGGAGGCUGUUUAAAGUGGCGCCCGCAGAGCGCGAAGGGGAUGGCGGAGCCGGCGGACUACCCCCCCUUCCAGCUGGGGAAGCCCCGCUUCGAGCAGACUUCGUUUUAUGGCAGAUUCAGGCACUUCUUGGACAUCAUCGAUCCGCGCACUCUCUUUGUCACUGAGAGUCGCCUGAAGGAAGCUGUGCAGCUGCUGGAGGAUUACAAGCAUGGGACUUUGCCCCCGGGAGUCACCAACAAAGAGCUGUGGGCCGCUCAAAAAAUAAAGCAGGCCAUCAUCCACCCCGACACAAACGAGACCAUCUUCAUGCCUUUCAGAAUGUCAGGUUACAUUCCCUUCGGAACGCCCAUCGUUGUUGGUCUUCUCCUACCCAACCAGACGCUGGCAUCCACUGUUUUUUGGCAGUGGUUGAAUCAGAGCCACAAUGCAUGCGUCAACUAUGCAAACCGCAACGCGACAAAGCCUUCUCCGACGUCCAAGUUCAUCCAGGGCUACUUGGGAGCUGUCAUAAGUGCUGUCUCAAUAGCAGUUGGCCUUAAUGUUCUGGUGCAGAGAGCGAACAAGUUUACCCCCGCCACGCGUCUCUUGAUCCAGAGGUUUGUGCCAUUCCCUGCUGUCGCUAGUGCCAAUAUCUGCAACGUCGUCCUGAUGAGGCACACGGAGCUGGAGGAAGGAAUUGAUGUCCUGGACAGCAACGGGAACAUCGUUGGGUCUUCCAGAAUCGCUGCAAAACACGCACUGCUAGAAACGGCCCUGACAAGAGUGGUCCUGCCGAUGCCUAUACUGGUUCUACCUCCAAUUAUUAUGUCCAUACUGGAAAAGACGUCCCUCCUGAGGUCCCGUCCCCGGAUGAUUCUCCCCGUGCAAAGCCUUGUGUGCCUCGCGGCCUUCGGCCUGGCCCUCCCCUUGGCCAUCAGCCUCUUCCCGCAGAUGUCCGAGGCCUGUUAAUUGCUGUCUUUCUUCGGGACACCUUUCAGCAGCACCUACUGUAAACACAGCGGCUCCUGCGAAGCUCUUCCCCGGGAUUCCUGCCCUUGGUGGCAGCCCGAGAAGCAUGAGGCUGAAAAUCCUACAAGAUCAUCCAGUCCGAUCUCCCCCUGCUCCCCUCCUGCCUUGUGAAACCCUCUGAGCUCCCACGGGGCUCUGGUUUUGCUCGUUUUCUCCCGGCCUGAAAGCUGAGACCUUGCCUUUCUUUCUGCCAGCCCACCCCAAAAAUUUGUUCCCUUUCUUGGUCAACUUCUGUAUUUGGUCCGAGUGGGUUCAUCCCUGGAUCUUCCCUUCUUGUUGCCUUCGUUAUCCCCAUUCUCAACGUUAUCUAAGUGCUUCCUUCGUGCCCUCAGACACUUGUUUUAGCUCCUCUAAAGCUCAGAUCACUCCGAGUGAGACAUCAAGGAUGCGAGCGAAGGAAGGCAGCCAGUUGUCCGGACUUGCCUGCCGUAAGCGUGCUCGGUUUCUGCAGAGAACGAGCUAUUAAUCACAUUUCCCCCGUCUAUAUAAUUAUCUGUAAUUGCUUUUUAAAUCAUUCGGAUCCCACAGCCUGUUUCUCAUCGAGGCUCUUGGUCCUUCAAGGGGAGGAAAUGCGUCGGAGGCUUGGGGUCCCGAGGAACUUGCUCGGCUUCCCUAAAGCAGCAAGGCUCUCCCAAAACCCUGCAGCACCCAUCGGGGUCCUUCUUAAUUCCUAGGGGAUCGCAGGGCUCGAUGCUCUCACCGAGCAGCAGCAAAUGGUGGCAGAAGUGCUUAGGGACAGUGACGAGAAGGGACCGAAUUGCUCCGUGUCAUCAAAAGGAAACUCGCUGCAUUUAUCACUCCCAAAAGCAGGAUUUUGUUCCUUCCAGAAGAGGGGAGACAACCCAAAAUCUCUUUAGAAGGACCUUCUGUUCUGGCAAGGCACCGUGACUUGAGCUAGCCCUAAAUUCUGCAGUUUUGGGUGUAGAAAGUUCACCUGGUGAGCAUUUACCCUACACACGAGGAGACCUUCAUCUCCAUCAGAAAGGACAAGAGGUGUUUUAUCUUCUGCAAAGCCCUUUUGUGUGGUUCUUCACCGUAUGCAAGAUGCGUCGUGCCUUUGUCUUGGCUUCUCUCUCCGGCUCAGCAAGAACUUUUUUUGGGGGUCUUGCUACUUAAAACUUGAUGGUUUCAAAACCUUUGCUUGUUUGUUUUAAUACUUUGGGGUUUCUGGUGCCGUAAGCAGCACUCUCCU